AGAUAGUAAAUAGAAUAUCACUAUUAAUCUUUUAAAAUGUAACAGAAUUUUGAUUAAGAUAGAAUAAAUAUGAAUGUGAACCUUCAAUGAAUUUGGAUGAUACUAAACUGACCCUGCAGAGUCAGAGAGGAUUUAUAGAAUCUGUGAUUAGCUAGGUUGGUCUUUCAAUGGCGCUUCAUUUGUUAAAGGCCAUGAAGUUGUGCGUAUUUUUCUUUUGUCUAUUUUUCUUAACAUCCAGAAGCAGUAGUUCUUCUCAAUGGACUCUCCAGGUUCGGAAUCACUUGAAACGCUUGAACAAGCCUCCCAUCAAAUCCAUCAAGAGUCCAGAUGGAGAUAUAAUUGACUGCGUCCAUAUCUACGACCAACCAGCUUUGGAUCAUCCUUCCCUCAGAAACCAUACAAUUCAGAUGAGACCAAGUGUUUAUCCGGAGGGGGCUGCAGGCUACAUGGAGUCUGAGAAAGGAUCAAACCCGUUUACACAAUUGUGGCAGUUGAAUGGAAGAUGUCCACAAGGAACUGUUCCCAUCAGAAGAAUUACAGAAGAAGAUAUAUUAAGAGCAAGCUCUAUCGAAAGAUUUGGGAUGAAGAGACCAAAUACAAUCCCGCGAACAAGUCCGACAGAUUUUGGUGACGAUUCAUAUGUUCAUGAGUAUGCAAUUGCUUACAUCGAAGGAAAUGGGGAGAAGUAUUAUGGUGCCAAGGGAAUUUUGAACGUAUGGAAACCCAACACCCAAGGAUUCGUCGAGUUCAGUUGUGCUCAACUAUGGUUGUUGGGAGGUCCACUUGAAACUGGAAAACUCAACACUCUUGAAGCUGGUUGGCAGGUCAACCCUCUCCUAUUUGGAGAUAACAACACACGCAUAUUCAUCUAUUGGACGAACGAUGGAUAUCAAACCAAUGGUUGCUACAACAUGUUGUGCUCAGGCUUUGUCCAAGUCAAUAAUGGAAUUUCCAUGGGUGCACAAAUCAGUCCAGUUUCAGAGUAUGGUGGUUCCCAAUUUGAUAUCCUUGUAUACAUAUGGAAGGACCCAAAGCAGGGUAACUGGUGGUUGCAAUUUGGGAACGAGAAACCGCUAGGAUACUGGCCAGCCUCAUUGUUCCCCUAUCUGAAUGAUAGUGCUACAAUGAUCGAGUGGGGAGGAGAGAUUAUAAACGAACAGAAUGACGGACAACACACCACAACACAGAUGGGUAGCGGCCAUUUCCCUGGAGAAGGCUUUCACAAGGCUGCUUUCUUUAGGAAUCUUAAAUACAUUGAUAACUCCAACGUUCCUAGGGAUCCUCGAGGGUUCAGCACUCUCCUCCAACAAUCCUCCAACUGCUACGACAUCCAGAGACACAACGACAGAGUCUGGGAAUACGCAUUUUUCUAUGGAGGUCCUGGUAGAAAUCCUAAUUGUCCAUGAUUCGUGGUGAUCCCGAGCUUGAUUUUACUUGGACUUGUUUUAUUCUUGUCUUCUUAAUAACAUCUCCAUCAACUUGAAAUCAAAGUCAUUUAAAAAGAUAUAAGAAAUCAAUUGGAGAGGGUAACAUUCUGUAGUUUUUAAUUGUGGUUCAUUUUUCUUUUAAUGGCUUGAGCAUAU